AUGGUCUUCCGCAAGCUCACAACGCUGCUCUUCUUUGGUGCUGCUUUGAGCCAGUCUACGGCUACGGUUGAGAAAUGCAGAUGCAUUCCAGAGCAGCCAUGCUGGCCAGCGGCGGCGGAAUGGAAGGCAUUCAAUCGCUCCAUCAACGGCAGACUACUUGUGAAUGCACCUGUAGCAAUCUCUUGCUACAAAGGUCCGCGUCAGGACGCUUCGGAAUGUGCAUUGAUUACGAAGCAUUAUUCUAAUAACAGUUUCCAGCAAAGUUUCCCAGUUGGAUACUCGUAUCCCCUUCAGCCCGAUUGUCCACUAAUACCGUUCGGCGAAGAAGCAGACGUUAGAUGUGCACUCGGAGAAGCACCGGUAUACACGGUGAAUGCUUCAGAAAUCGAACAUGUGCAAUCUGCUGUUGCUUGGGCCAAAUCGGCCAACAUUCGCCUCGUCAUUCGAGACACGGGACAUGACCUCCUGGGUAGAUCUAUGGGGUACGGCAGCCUUCAAGUCUGGAUCAAAUACCUGCGCAAAGGGAUUGACUAUCAUGCCCAGUUCGAUCGUGGUGUGAAUCGGAAGGCUGCCACUUUGUGGAAGGGCUCGGCCUUCACCAUUCGAGGCGGUUAUACAUGGGCCGACGUGUAUACCGAAGCAGCAAAGCGGGAUCUUCUCGUCGUCGGCGGUGGAACGCCAUCUGUAGGCUGUAUCGGAGGCUGGAUGCAAGGAGGAGGUCACGGACCUGCCACACAUGACUUUGGCUUGGGAGCAGACAAUGUUUUGUCCGCAAAAGUCGUCCUUGCGAAUGGCACUCUGGUCACAGCUUCAUCUGUCGAGAACAAGGACUUAUUCUUCGCAAUUCGUGGAGGCGGGCCUGGUACUUAUGGUGUCGUCAUCGAGACAACAGUAAAAGCCUAUCCCACUCAAAAGGUGUUUGCUCAGACGCUAGCGAUUGCAUCUCUGUCGGGAAAUACCUCAAGCUUUCUGGACACUGUUGCUGACAUCUACCAAGGAUUUCCCGAAUUGGCCAAAUCAGGCUGGUCAGGCUAUGGUCAGUGGACCACAGCUGCUGCCGUACCAUUUGUGGCCAAUUUUACCACUUCAUACACUCACGCUUUUGCCAAUUUCAGGCAACCACGAAAGGAAGCCGAAAGAGCUUUCGAUUCGAUAACCUCCAAACUGGUCGCGAAAAAUGGAUCAGAUUUGUUCGUCUCCAUAUCGUAUACCGAAACGCCUGACUACGCAGCAUUCUAUUCCAAAUUCUCGGGGGUAGAACCUCCAGCAGGGACAUACGGUGCAACAUCUGGUCGUUUCCUGGAUGAACAAUCACUCCUCCUAGAUCGAAGCGCUUUAAUGAAGGCUCUGGAGACAUUAGCUGGCACGUCCAAGCAGCAAACCACCAACGUAGUCGAAAUGUUCGGCGCUCCCUACGGCCAGAUCGGCAUCGACGGAAAAUCGCAUCCAUUGUCAGGCGUGAAUCCUGCUUGGCGGGAAAUGAUUGUGCAUCAUAUUGUCGCUCGCAGCUGGACGCAGAACACCGGCUCGGCUUCGAUUCGGCGGAUCCAGAACGACAUCCUGUAUGCCAAGGGAGGCGCAUUGCAGGUACUGGCCCCAAAGACAGGUGGAUACAUGAAUGAGAACAACAGACUCGAUCCAGACUGGAAGCGGGAUUUCUAUGGGGCCCAUUACGAGUCGUUGCUGGGGAUUAAAAGACUCUAUGAUCCUGCUGAUGUUUUCUUUUGUCCAACUUGUGUCGGGAGUGAUCGAUGGGAGGUGAUGACAGAGAGCGGACAGCUGUGUAGAACUAGAGCUCACUAG